AUGGCUAAGAUAUUCGCAGGCGCCAAUGCUGAGCUUGCGCUGAAGGACAUCAUACAUCAGACCAUCCUGAAGGCAUUUCCGUCAGUGCAGCCGCCGGAUGUGCUCAUCACCCUGGGCAAGGUGACGGACUACCAGUGCAACAAUGCCAUGGGACUCGCUAAGCUGCUCUCCAAGGCGACACCGCCUGUGAAGCUGAGCCCUGCACUCGUUGGGGAGGAGUUGAAGAAGAGCCUCGCGGAUAACGAUCUCAUCGAAAGCUUUGAGCCAACGCCACAGGGAUUCAUCAACAUCACCAUCAGGCAAGACUGGGCUGCUGCCACAGUGUCGCGUGUCCUCAAAGAGGGCAUCCGGCCCCCGCAGCUCCCGAAACAAAAGGUGCUUGUGGACUUUUCGUCACCCAACAUUGCAAAGGAGAUGCAUGUGGGCCACCUCCGCUCCACCAUCAUUGGCGAGGCGAUUAGCCGCCUUUUCGAGUUCUGCGGGUAUGAGGUUCACCGCAUCAAUCACGUGGGCGACUGGGGCACCGCCUUUGGCAUGCUCAUUCUGUACAUGAAGCGCCAGCACCCGAACUUCCUCACCGAUACGCCAGACAUCUCGGACCUCACCACUUUCUACCGGGAGGCCAAGAAGUGCUUUGACGAGGACGCAGAGUUCAAGGAGCAGGCGCGACUGCAGGUGGUUAAGCUGCAGGCAUUGGAGGAGGAGUCCAUCAAGGCGUGGAAGAUUAUCUGCGAUAUCUCCCGCAAGGAAUUCAACCUUAUCUACAAUCGUCUCGGCGCACGCAUCGAGGAGCGUGGGGAGAGUUUCUACAACCCCCUUAUUCCCAAGGUGCUGGGGCUGCUGGAGGACGCCGGGAAGCUGGAGGAGAGCAGCGGCGCGAAGCUAGCCAUCUCCAAGGAAAGGAAGCCAAUCACUUCGCUGGAUGCGAAGGACAUGGCUAAACUCGCCACACCACACCUUGCUACGAUUCAACGCAACAACAAGACAGAAUUUCACCCCAAUAUGAUUGCAGCAAUGAAGGAAGCGGGCAUCCUUAAAGGGGAAGAGGGGAGUGAAAUCGUGACACUCUCAAAGGAGUCAAAACCGCUAGCAGACUUCGAUGCUCGCACAGAUUUUGACAAACUGAUGCCGCAGCUUAAGUCUCUCUACAAAACUAAACUCUCUCCACUCUUCCGAGAGGUAUUUGAGGCGGCCGGCAUAAUUGACGGUGACGAGAUCAUCGUUCCACGCUUCACGUUCCCUCUCAUGGUGGUAAAGAGCGACGGUGGCUUCACGUACGACACAACCGAUGUCGCGGCGAUGUACCACCGCUUCGUCAUGGAGAAGAUGGACCGCGUAGUGUACUGCACAGAUGUUGGCCAGUACGAGCACUUCCGCAUGUGCGCGGAGCUGGUGAAAGAGCUUGGCUGGAUGGACGGCGCCACGUGGGACCACGCCGGCUUUGGCCUCGUGACGGGCGCAGACGGCAAGAAGAUUAAGACGCGCAGCGGCGAGACAGCGAAGCUGAAGGAUCUGCUCGACGAGGCUGUGGAGCGUUCGCUCGUUAUUCUUCAGGAGCGCGAGGCCGGUGACCGCGCGCAGGGCCACACAAAGGAAGAUAUGGAGACGCUCGCCAAGACAAUCGGCAUUGGCGCGGUGAAGUACUUUGACCUGAAGCAGAGCCGUGUCAACGAUUACGCAUUCAGUUACGACAAAAUGCUCGAUUUGUCUGGCAAUACCGCCGUCUUUCUCCUGUACCAGUACGCGCGUCUCUGCUCCAUUAAGCGCAAGGCGGGCGUGAGCAAUGAGGAGUUCAUGAAGGCGGAGGUUGUCAUUAACACGCCACAGGAGAAGAAACUUGCUCUGUGUGCCUUUCGCAUGGACUCCGUUGUACGCAAGACCGUCGAGGACCUCUUCCCACACCACCUCACCGACUUUGCGUACGAGUUGGUCUCGUGCUUCUCGGAUUUCUUCCAGAACUGCAAGGUGGUCGGGGACCCGCUGCAAAACAGCCGCCUCUGCCUUGUGGAGCUCACACGUGUCACGCUGAAGCAGGUACUUGACAUUCUCAACAUUGACGUUGCGGAGCGGAUUUGA